AUGACUAGCGAUAGAAAUGGAAAGUUGAAACCAAGAUUAGAAGCUGCUUUAAAUGCCUUGAAAUCUGUUCCAUGUGUAGAUAAACAGAAGCUCGGUGCAUUUGGAUUCUGUAUUGGAGGACUGUGUUCCCUGGAUUGUGCUCGUUAUAGAUUUGAUGGAAUUCGAGCUGUUAUAAGUUUUCAUGGGACUCUGACCCCUAUCGAAGGAAUUCCUUUAGAACUGUUAGAUGAUAAUUCUAUUCAAGUUCACCAUGGAGAUGCUGACAAACACGUUUCAAAAGUCACCGUUGACGCAUUCCACGAAGAAAUGAGAGCAAGAAAUUCCGACUUUGUUUUUAUUUCUCAUGGGAAAGCAAUGCAUUCGUUCACUGAUCCUGAGUCUGCUGGAAUUGCCCCAUCUGGAGUCGGUUACGAUGCAAAUGCUGAAAAAAGAUCUUGGAAGGCUACACUAGAGUUUUUGAAAGAAGCUUUUGCAUGA